CCAAAUCCGUUCCGUGUGUUUCUUGGCCUCGGUUUCGCACCUAUUUUCUGCCGCUGUUUAAUUAGGCGACUGAUGUAGGAUUGAGUUGCAGCGACACGGCAGCCGUGAUAGAACAGAGACGAAAUCCAGGAAUCACUUCACAGAGAGGCUGCAUUACAGGACAAAUAUCGCACAGUACGUUAUGGUAAUUAUCUGACGGAAUCGAAAGAAAUGAAGUCUCACUCGACAGUUGUCAUGCUGGUUUUAAAUUAACAAACCGCUUUAACGACAUCACGAUUUUUCUCGGUAAAAAUGAACCACGGAGGUAGUUUGAAGUUGCUCAUGCUCAGCAUCAUUCUAGGGAUUGCAUGUGGUGACCCCAGAAAGCUCAGGACCAUUAUCAGACCAGGUGAAAAGACCUCCAGGAGUCAGGAUACAUUUGAGAGGAACAUCAAAGCAUUGAUGGAGAACAUCAGAUCCUUGUCAAAAGUAGAACAGGGAGAAAAAGCCUCAAAAAAUAUUCAACAAAGCAUGAGCAGGAUGUCAGCACCCCUUGAGAGAAUCGCAAUUGACAGCACUAACCUAGAUACUUACUUGACAAUAUUCAACAGUUUAUUCUCCGUAUACCAGCCCACACUGAUUGACAGUUUCAUUGAAACUCUCCCUCAGGCUUUAAUUUGUGUUUUGGCGGACAGACAGCACUGUGGAUGGCAAGGAGAUUUAACCAGUAUCGUUUCAUCUGCAUUGAAUGAUCAAGUACUUUCUGUGAUCUCCUCUGUUAAAACUGAAGCUUGCAUGUCAACAUCUAAUCUGCGAACGGCAGACUCCACUAUGACUCAAUUUAACUCAUUUCAGGAGAUGUUGACGAAUGUUUUAUCAUCCGACCUCCCGUUUUAUCUGCUGUCAGACAACGUUUUAGCCUUAUGGAAUAGAUUUAUGGACAUGACAAUUCCACCAGUGAUGUCAUUCAUGUCUGAUUUUAUGUUAAAUGCUCUCCAAACGCCAGUGGAUUUUUUAAAUUUGGGAUUACAGUUUGGCAUUGAGAUCCCUACCAUAGACCGGAGUGAGCAGUGUCAACAAGGUGAUCUCAAACAACUUAUCAUGUGGGGCAUGAAUAAUAAUGUAAGCUGGUCUUUUGGACAGUCACUUCUGGAUAUGUUUUUGGCCCCAGAAAUUCCUCCUUGCAGUUUCACAGGUCCAGAAUGCCAGGUCACAGGCAGCAUCCAGUACAGUCGUACUGGCACAAACAUUCCUACGUAUAGUCUCACCUGUGAACAGCAAAACUUGAACCAACUCAACAAAACCCUUUGUGCAGCAAUUUUAGAAGCAACAUCUCAGGAAUCUUAUGUCCUUUAUCAGAUGUGUCGAGCGCUCAGCACACUCUCUCAAACUGAAUUGACAAAGGUCUGGAGGAACGCGUGUCACAUGAUCAAGAACGCCAGCUUACCUCUCAUUGAGCCCUGCAGUGAUCCUGGCAGCGCACAAUCAAGUCGUAUUGCGCGAUCCACUCUCAGCCUUAAUGAACUUCUCUGUGACUACCAGAACUGGACUGUUACUAACACUGUGGACCCAGCUCUGGUCACAAUGUGCAGUGAAAAUGAUCCUGAGGCAUUCAUCCUUGCUGUGUGUAACAAUGCUGAAACUUUGCAAGUGCUGGUCAGAAAUCCUAGUAAUACUUGGGUGUGGGAGUUCUGUGCAAACGUGUCAGACACGUACAUAGUGAACCUGUAUUGUUCGUAUAACAUGUGGACUGCUGAAACAAUCGACUCAUCAAUAGUGACGUUCUGCUGGUAUAAUGACAUGGAGAAGUUUCAGUUUUUUCUGUGUGACAGUAUGCCCUUCUUUAUGAUAGUGUUCUCCAAUGAAGAAAACAACUGGCUGAAACCCAAUUGCUCUCAACCUUCUUCACAAAUCGACAUCAACGCGCUUGUGGCCGAGUCGUGCAGAUACUCUGAAUGGAACAAUGCACAAGCAGUCACUCCUGAACAGAUCUCUGUAUGUAUCCAAAAUGAUGAGGUUCGAUUCAUUAAUGUGGUGUGUGUCAACCACACGUUUGUCACUGAACUUGUGCUGAACAGCAUAAAUGCUUGGGUAGAGCAAUAUUGCACCUAUUCUGUCAGGAAUCCCCCUACGAGCCCACCGCCCUUGAGCAUUGAAGUUUGGUGUAACUAUAGCACAUGGAAAAACAUGUCUGUGGAUCCGUCUGUGGUGGCUCUAUGCUGGCAGUAUGACCAGAUCGGCUUCCAUCAGAACGUCUGCUGCAACAUACCCUUGUUCAACAUGUUGUCUCUUCAUGUUGAUAACUAUUGGAUGAUUAGAGAGUGCUAUGAUAAUAGCACCACAAACAUAGUGGGGCAAGUUUGCGUCUAUUCAGAUUGGAACCAGCCUACUAUUGUUGACAUGACUGACCUUGCUCUCUGUGCAGAUCUUGACACUGAGAACUUCACUCGGAAUGUCUGUGCCAAUGUUACGGUUCUCCAGAAUUUGCUAGCGAAUUUAGACAACACCUGGUUAUUGGAACAGUGCGCAAACCUGACUGCACCUGGCUCAGGUGGCGGGACUGGGAACGGAGGCAGCCUGAUGGGUUUCCGACCAGCUAAACAGUGUCAGUACUCCAGCUGGGCUUUGGUGCUCCCAGACGCUGCUCUUCUCGCUCUUUGCUGGGAUUAUGACCAUGCUAACUUUAUCUCCUUCAUCUGUGCUGACUCUUCCAUGGUCACCCACAUCACUCGGGAGCCCUCCAACCUCUGGGUUGGCACUGUCUGUGCCAAAUACACAGCUUCCCAAAGCACCGGUGCUAGUGGGAGCAAUGAAACGGCUCCUCAGCUGUGUCUAACUAGGGAGUUGGCUAAUAGGCUAAACUGGACAUGUAGCACAGACUUCAGUGCUGUCUGCCAACCAGGUGUCAGUCAAGUCCAGGGUCUUCUGCUGCUUUUGCGCUGUGGGAUAAAGAUCAUCCAGCCUCGCUUGGAGAAUCUCAUGACUGCACAGGUGGCAUCUGUGGUCAAGCGGGCCACCAACCUGUGGGUUGUCCUGCUGUUGGCUCUAGAAGAAAGCCAGAUGACCUCUCUGAUGGUGACCGAGAAUAUUCGGCUUAGUGUGUUGGAUUCAAUUUUCACCUACAUGGACAAUGAGAGCAACUUUGACAACAAGCGAGUGCUUUUGCAGUGCUUUGGGAAAGUUUUGACCAGCCUGAUGCAAACAGGAAGAGAUGUGCCCACUAACUUCUAUCUGGUCAAGGAGUAUUUCCGUAUUCCUCUAUCUUAUCUGAGAUCAGUUCUCAGUGCAGCAGACAGCAUAACCAUGAGGGAGAUUCUGCUGUACUAUAACAGGAACUAUGCCACUUUGCAGCUAACAGAUGAUUACCUGCACACCAUGGUGUCUGUGCUCUUCAAAGUUCAGCUGCCCAGGGAUAUUACCCUGUUUCCUGACAUGGGACUUUUGCUAACUCUAGCUACACCUUCAGAGAUCUUGUCGAUGCCUCCUCUACAAAAUAAUAUCAAUGCGUUAAGCAUCAUUAACUUCAGCAUCAAAAACCUUUCCCUGGAGCAGCAGCAAGCUUUUGGUCGCUGGUUCAGUCGGUCCAUGGGCUUGCCUAACAUGACAGCCGGCAGCUUAUCCUUUAUCAGAGACACUGGUAACCUGAUCGCCUAUCUGCCCUUCCAGAGCUUCCAGUACCUCUCACCUGCUCAGCUGCUGGAUGGUUUGGAUGUCCUGAUGAGUAACCCGCUGGAUCUCCUUGAGCAGCAGUUCAUUGCUGAGAGUCUUUUUGGAACCUUUGGGAAUCUCACUGUCAGUCAGAUCAGGAGGUUAGGUAAUCUGUCUUGUCUGGCUCACCCCAGCCAGCUGAUGACAUAUGCAGGAACAGAAGCGUUCUCAGUGAUCCAGGACAACAUCAGGAUGUGUGUGGCCAAGGGUUUUAAUGUUCCUAGCAAUAUGAUUUUCAGCUUGGUCUUAAGAUCAUCUGACCUCCAGGCUCCCUCCAAUCUUACUUCUCAGAGAAUCUCUGAGCUUGGCCCUUUUCUGCCCAUGCUGGGAACCAGUGUCCUCCAGCAGCUAAGCUCAGCCCAGCUUAUGGCUGCCCUCAGCACCUUGACUUCUGUGCCUUUCACCCCUGCACAGGCAAGUGUUAUCAUCGACAAGAUCUCAGCCAAUUUUAGUCUGGCUCUACCAGGCUCUGAGCAUUUGUCUAUGCUGGGAUCUCUUGUGAGUGGAGUAAAGGUGGAGACUCUAUGGACUUUAUCAACUGAUGUUUUGCUGGAAGCAUUACCUGCUAUAAGCCUUCAGACGCCUGGGCUCACCCCCCCACAGGUCAACAUUAUCAUCUCCAAACUCUGGGGCUCUAGUUCUGUGUCCCAGUGGAUGGAUAAAGUCGAACCUUUGCUCUCUAGUACUCCACUUCUCAGUGUGAUUCUCCAAGUCUCUCUGUUGCUGAUCAGAGACACUGCUGUACACACUCGACUCUGGAACACACAGCAAGCUAAAGUUCUCUUUAAAGAGGCUGUCAUAUCUCACCCAAGUCUCUCAUUACAAGACUUUCUAUCUCUGGGGACACUGGCUACAGGAGUGAAUUGCCCAAACCUUGUAAAAUUGUUCCAGAACCUGGCAUCUGUAUCUCCUCUACGUGAUAUUUUGACAUUUCUGAAAGAGCAGCCCGUGCCGCUUCACCCCUCACUGAAAAAAUGUAUAAUUGAGGAACUGUAUGAGUUUGACUUCUUCCCAGAUUUACUUGGAGAUUUGGGUUCUCAGAUUGCCCUGUCACUUCCGUUGAGCACCAUUAAGAAAUUUCCACAAGAUAAGAUGGAUUCCCUGAGGAAAAUGAUAGUACAGGAUCCAUAUUACUUCCUACUGCUUCCCAGCACCAAACAAGCUGUCUUGGUGGACAAGAUGUUUCAAAGACUGAAUAUGUACACUGGUCUGUACACUGAAGAGGAGUUUCGCUCGCUAGGUGUCAUGGCUACAUUUGUGACCGAUGAAAUGUUUUGGAAACUGGAUAGGAGCUUUUUUGUUGAUGGUCUGGAGUUCCUACAAAGGUUCUGCUACAAUGCCAAUAAACGAGACAUGGUGGCAGACAUGCUACAGGAACAAGGGACAUUUGGCCCUGUAAAAAACUGGACAUCAGAGACGCUGAACCAAGUGGACCGCUUCUUGUUUUUUCUCCCGAAGAGCACUAUUCAGCUCAUCCCCUUGGGUUUGAUGAGCUUAGAGCGCAUCGAGAGGCUGUUCCUGAGUCAGCAGAUGUGGGAGAGUGGAGAGUUUGGCUCUCUGUGUCAGAAACCCUCAGAGCUGUUUGACAAGAAGCAGUUUGUGCUUCAGUUCUUCCUCGGCUUCCUCAAAAUGGGACGUGCCCCUUAUACUGGACUCAUCCCCUCUUGUGAGAGCCUACAUCUGACACAACCUGCUGCCUGGACUAUUGACAGCCUCAGAAACAUGCCACAAGCUGCAUUUCGGAGGUGCUUGGAGCUCAUUGGCCAGGAUCCAUUUUUCAGUGCGUUCGAGCUGUUAAUGCUCCUUACAAAGACCAAAGAGGUGUAUGGGAACCCUUCCUCUUUCAACUCUUCUGUGAUCUCUCAGUUGGGUCGAAUUGCCACUCAGCUUUCACUUGAAGAAUUGGCCUCUCUUAGACUCUCUGAAAUUCAGUCAAUUUCAGCUAUGGGGUCUCUCAACACAUGGACAAGCAGACAGUUGAAAGCCCUGUUCUCCACGGUUCUGAACUCAACCAGAAAGACUCCUAGCCAGUUAGACUCCAGCACUUUUGUGGCAUUGGGGUACAUUGUGUGUGGGAUAGAUGCACCAGUCAUGCGCACCAUAAAUCCAGUAGAGUUCAGUAAAGCAGUUUUGUGGCUUGGUGGUUUGAAUUUGUCUUGCUCUGAGGAACAGCUGCAGUCAUUGAUAGGGCUGCUCAGUAAUAGCUUAGCAUUUGGACCGGUCAGCUCCUGGGGAUCAGAGGUCUUCAUUGAGAUCGGAGUGAUUGCAGCGGGCCUGCCUGACAUAGCCAUGUCUGCUUUGGUGAAGGAACAGAUAGAAGGAAUCACCCCCCUUGCCAUCUCUCUCAUCCCAGCGAGCAAAUUUGCAGUUGUGUUUAACCAGGCACAGAUUCGUAUGUUCACGUAUGAUCAGGCCGUUGCUCUCACUGAGGCCCAGCGCUCUGCUCUGUCUCCGGUACAGCAGACCGCCCUGUCCAUGGUGCUCAACCCCUGGGAGGACAAACCUGUUGAUUUCAGAGGCAUGUCACUGGGAGUUGCAUUGCAUCCCUGUCCUUUUUUCUACCUCUCCAGCAUCCUAAUAAUGCUGCUGUUUUCUCUGGGAUGAGUUAGAUCUGUCGCUGCUGAAUUGCUGCUAUGCAGAAUUGAACUUUUCUUUUCAAAUAUGUGCAAUAUGAUGUAACUUUAAUACUGUUUAUAUAAGACUUACGAGAAAUACAAGAACAAUAACUCAUGGAUAUAUUUCUUUCAGCACUUUAUAAUAGUUAGUCAGUGAAAAUGUGCUUUUGUUUGCCUGUUUUUGAAUAAUUGCUUGUUUGGAGAAUAAUUUAUCAACUCAUGUCUGUAAUUGCCUUAACUGAUUUGGUUUGACUUGUGAUUUUUAUAUUCUACGACUUCCUGUUCAUCCUGUUUUUAUUAGUAUUAUUUAUUUACUUUUUAAAACUGAUUCAACAGCCUUCAUACUGUGUAAUUUUGGAAAAAUAUCAGAAAGAGAUGUAUUGACUAAAACUUGAUUGUGAACUUUCCUUUGUCUUUCAUGUGUAAACUCACUUAUGUAUUUAUUCGGCUUACUAUCUAUUUGUCAUGAUAUUUAAUGUUGCCUGAUCAGACUGUAUCUUCAUUUUGUAUUGUUGUGCAUAAACCAGUGCAUAUAACCUUGGAAAUAAAA